AUGGGUGACAAUGUCUCGACCAGCGAUCUCGCGGAGCUCGCCAGCGCCAUUACCCGAACGGCUACCUCAAGCUUACCCUCCCUCGCCGCUGCAGGAUCCAAUAUCAACGCCACUACUAAUGUCCACAUCCCAGUUCAACCUCAGUCGACCCUCGGCAUGCUUGGAGGUCUGUUAUUCGGGCUCUUCACGAUUGUCCCGAGUCUGCUCUACUGGAUCAUCACAUUCGUGACCCUGACAUUACCGUCAUGGCUAUUCACCUUCUUAUCAACGAGUCUCACGUUUACCAUGAACAUGACGACUCUUCUACUGAUGCUGCUGGGCUUUGCCUCCACUGUGGCAUGGUUCGUACGAUAUCGAUUUCUGAAUAUGUACUCUCGGCUGCCGCCUGAGCCACAAAGGGAGGAGCCACAGAUCGAGAUCUUCCCGGACAUGCAGGAGACUGACUCCAAGCCUGGGCUGUCCAACUACUUUGAUGAGUUUCUGAGUGCGAUCAAGGUCUUUGGCUACCUCGAGAGGCCUGUGUUCCACGAGCUCACAAGGACGAUGCAGACACGGAAGCUGAUCGCGGGCGAGACGCUUCUACUAGAGGAAGAGAAGGGAUUCUGCUUAGUUGUUGAUGGUCUGGUCCAGAUCUUCGUCAAGUCAACUCGCCCAUCGGAUCAGCACGACAGUCAUGAAUCGGUGCUUACCGAUGAUGAGCAUGCAGAAGACCGAUCGAGCGGCAACCGGAGCUAUCAGCUGCUAACAGAGGUCAAGAACGGUGCGCCAAUGUCUUCGCUUUUCUCGAUACUGGCACUCUUCACAGAAACCGUGAAAUUGAGGUUUGAUGAGGAAGAUGAUGCACCGUUAGAGACAAGUCGAUCAGGACUUGACAUGAAGCAGCACACUCGCUUCCCAUUCCCUCAUCUCGAUGGAACUGCCACUCCAGAAUCAGGUGCGGAUAGCCCAUGGCAUGGAGGUCCAUCGAGGCCACAAUCUAGACAUAGACGAUUGUCCACCAUGAAGGAUCCACCGCCAUUCACCCUAGACGGCACUGCUGACACUCAGCACCUUCACCCCAGCAGUAGCAGGAGACCGAGCAUGUCAAGGCUGCACGGCAAUGGUCCACGUAGGCCUAAGAAGCAAGGCUCAGUCCAUCCAGAUAUCGUGGCUAGGGCUGCCGUGGAUACGACCAUUGCCAUCAUACCUGCAAGCGCUUUCCAUCGCAUUACGAAAAUUUACCCAAAAGCAACUGCACACAUCGUGCAAGUCAUACUGACCAGAUUACAACGAGUGACGCUUGGUACGGUACAUUCGUACUUGGGAAUGACGAGUGAGGUGCUUCGGACAGAACGACUCAUGGACACGUAUACGACAUACGAUCUUCCGGACUUUCUACGUGGCGAAGCAUUAUCACGGCUGAAAGACAAGUUCAACAAAGAUCAGGAGCGCAUAGGCUCCGAGGAGAGCAUGAAAGGCAUAGCCUUGCACAAUCCACGACUUGCACAGCGCAAACGACGUACGAGCAGUAAUUUGCGCCGUGAGACUGCUGUCAACGCACGUUUCGCAAUGCGCCAAGGGAGUAUACAGAUCAAUGAUUUUGAAGGUGAUCGUGGAACUGUAAGUGCUGGUGAUCUGCUCACGAAUAUACAUGCUGCAAGGGCAAACGGGCGGACACAGAAGACCGGAAGCUUCUCACAGCCAUACUCGGCGCCAAGACAGGUCAAUGGUCACUCGUACGCACCACAUGAACAAACCCACGAUGGCUUUAAUGUAGAUGACAGCCCUCGAGCACAUAUGCACCGACAAGAAUCAAUGGACGAAGAUAUGAUCUUUAGAGAAUCUAUCAUGGAGUGUAUGGCGAAGGCAAUCGGCCUGUCAGGUACAAAAGGUGGCCUCUUGAAUCCCACUUCUGCUGCACAGUCGCCUCGAUUAGUGUCGUUCGACCCGAAGAGACAGAGCGCAGUGUUCAACAAUGCCUUUGGCUUCAUUGACCCAUACGAAGGCUCACUGGACGAUUCAGAGUCAACCGCAUCACAAUCAGCAUAUAGCUCAGGCGGCACUGUGAACAUACUGGAAGAUCUGAAGAACGAGAUCGAGAUCGUCUACUUUCCGAAGGACUCUGUGCUUGUGGAGGAAGGUGAACGCAACCCUGGCGUGUACUAUGUCAUUGAUGGGUUCCUGGAUGUCAGUGCGUCGAUGGAAGGCGAUCAGAAUACAGAGAAUAUGCUUGGCACCCAACCAUAUGCCAGCAAGGUGGAACUCCCGGAGCUUUUGGGCCGUGGAAGUGAGAAGCGCACUUCGACCAGCAGAUCCAAGUCUACUGGUGGUGAGCAGCAGAAGCGCAAGAAGCAAUCACAGCGAAGCUUGUACCUGAUAAAGCCAGGCGGCCUUGCUGGGUACCUCGGAAGUGUCUCUUCACAUCGCUCAUCGAUAGACGUGACAGCUAAGACAGAUGUUUACGUUGGGUUUUUGCCGCGAGCUGCAAUUGACCGGAUUGUCGACCGACACCCAGUUGUGCUGCUGACCAUGGCUAAGCGUCUGACGAGCCUGCUACCAAGGCUGAUCCAGCACAUCGACUUUGCGCUCGAGUGGGUGCAAGUUGACGCGGGCCAAGCAAUCUACCACCAGGGCGAUGAGAGCGAUGCUAUCUACAUCGUGCUCAACGGUCGUUUGCGGGGCAUACAAGAGAAGCCAGAUGGCAGAAUGGAAGUCAUUGGCGAAUAUGGGCAAGGCGAUAGUGUCGGUGAGCUUGAAGUCCUUACGGAGUCAACUAGACCCGGCACCCUACACGCGAUAAGAGACACCGAGCUCGCCAAGUUCCCGAAGACGCUGUUCAAUAGUCUUGCACAGGAGCAUCCAGGCAUUACGAUUAAGGUGUCGAAGAUCAUCGCCUCGCGCAUGCGUGCUUUAAUUGAAAAUCCUAUGACCGAGCCUGCAGCCAACGAGAGUAAGCUGGCUGUAUCGAGACCAAAGGCAACUUCGAACAUGAAUCUAAGGACUGUGGCGAUUGUACCCUGUACUGCUGGCGUGCCGGUCGUGGAAUUCGGCAAUAAGCUACAAGCAGCGCUCCUCCAGAUUGGCACAGUGAACGGCGUCACAACAUUGAACCAAUCCUCGAUCCUCAAUCACCUCGGCAGACAUGCUUUCAGUCGGAUGGGAAAGCUGAAGCUGUCCCAAUAUCUUGCAGACUUGGAGGAGAAGUAUGGUCUUGUGCUGUAUGUGGCUGACACAAGCGUCAAGUCGCCUUGGACCCAGACCUGCAUCAGCCAGGCGGACUGCAUAUACCUUGUUGGCAUCGCAGAAGGCUCUCCCAACAUCGGCGAGUACGAACGCUUCCUCCUGACCACGAAGACUACUGCCCGCAAGGAGCUGGUACUCCUACAUACCGAACGCUACUGCCCACCAGGCACAACUCGAGCUUGGCUCAGAAACAGGACCUGGAUCAACGGCGGCCAUCAUCACGUCCAGAUGGCUUUCCGCAAUGCUCCCGAACCAGUCAACCCCGUGCCAAAGCGCUUCGGAAACGCCCUCAAGCAACGAGUCCAAGUCCUCCAAGCCGAGAUCCACAAAUACACCUCCCGCCGCGUCCGUCAAACGCCCCUCUACUCCGCCGAAACCCCCUUCAAAGGCGAUUUUCACCGCCUCGCCCGCCGCCUCUGCGGCAAAUCCGUUGGUCUCUGUCUCGGAGGCGGCGGCGCACGCGGUCUAGCCCACGUGGGAGUCAUUCGCGCGCUCGAAGAAGCCGGCCUACCUAUUGACAUCGUCGGCGGAACCUCCAUAGGCGCCUUCAUCGGCGCCGUCUACGCUCAAGACGCGGAUGUUGUUCCCAUGUACGGUCGGGUAAAGAAGUUCGCAGGCCGCAUGGGCAGUGUCUGGCGUUUCGCCCUCGACCUCACAUACCCUUCCGCCUCCUACACCACCGGCCACGAAUUCAACCGAGGGAUCUUCAAAACAUUCGGGGAUAGUCAGAUUGAGGAUUUCUGGCUGGAUUUCUACUGCAACAGCACGAACAUCAGUAAAUCCCGCUCCGAGAUCCACACAAGCGGAUACGUCUGGCGCUACGUCCGCGCAUCCAUGUCCUUAGCCGGUCUCCUGCCCCCCAUGUGCGACGAAGGCAACAUGCUCCUCGACGGCGGCUACACCGACAACCUCACCGUUUCGCACAUGAAAUCCCUAGGAGCCGAAAUCAUCUUCGCCGUCGACGUCGGAGCCCUAGACGACAGCACGCCGCAGAACUACGGCGACAGCCUCUCGGGUUUCUGGGCCAGUCUCAACCGCUGGAACCCCUUUUCCUCCUACCCCAACCCGCCCACUCUAGCCGAAAUCCAGGCCCGACUCGCCUACGUCAGUUCCGUGGACUCGUUGGAGAAGAGCAAGAGGGUUGCCGGGUGUAGGUAUAUGCGCCCGCCGAUCGAGGCGUAUGGGACGUUGGAGUUUGGGAAGUUCGAUGAGAUUUAUCAGGUGGGGUAUCAGUUUGGGAGGAGGUAUUUGGAGGGGUUGAGGGAGGAAGGGGUUUUGCCUGUUAUGGAGGAGACGGAGGAGAGGCGGAAUUUGCGGCGGACGAUGGCGCCGAGGAGGGCGAGUAUUUGA